AUGUCGCGUCAAGCUGUAAUCGAUGCUCUCAAAGAAUAUGCUGCAACGGCAAUAUUAUCACCAAAUGCAUUAUCACGCGAUGUAGUCACCACAUAUAUAGGCACGUCUAUUGAACAAUUUCAGAAAACAACACUUGACAGUUUCCGUUCACACAUUCAUUUUAUAUUAUCUCUUCUUACAGAACAUCGUUUUAUAUCUGCAUUAAGAACAAAUUUCUAUACGAGAGGUGUUCUUGGUAGCAAUAAUUUUGUAACUUUUCCUGCCAUUUAUCCACAACAAGUCGAUACAACUCAAUCGUCAUCGAUAUUGAGUGAAACAUGUCAAUGUGAUCGUACAAAUAAUUGUAUUUAUCCUGCUGGUAUUUAUAAUCAAACAAAAUCUAUCAUUCCGAAUGAAGUCUUUUCACUUGAUGUAUCACCUCUAUUCAUGAUACCAGGAUUUCAAGUUGGAUGUCUACCACAAAAUGCAUUGUUUCAAUCAACAUUGGAAUGCUUCUACAAUGAAACAUGUUUAGAUAUUGUGAUUUCGUUGACUGGUGCUCUUCGCACUAUCUCACCUCUAAAUAUUUCAAACUCUAAUUCACGAUUUAGUCCAACAACAACAAUUGCUGUUCUUUUUGAUAAUCUAAUGAUUGAGUCUUGGAAGGACUCUAUUGAUUUUGCUACUUAUUUUCAAAUUUGUGCACCUAAAAUCUGUUCAUAUUCAUAUGUACAACGCGAUACAGAGAGUUGUUUUCAAAGGAAUAUGCGACCUUCACUUGUUCCUGGAAUAAAUCUUGGCUGUUAUCUUAUAGAUUUUAUUCGCUCCACAUUAGAAUGUUUUUACGAUGAAGCUUGUGUUCAGAUGCUAAUUGAUCAGCGUCUUUGUGGUAAUAAAAAUAUCUAUUUACCAAUAGAUUUGAGUAAUAUAACAGCGCUUGAUCCAAACACUUUAAUCAAUUUUAAGCCUCAAGAUUCAUUAGAAGUUUUAAUACUUAGUUCUCUUGUUAAUCAAUUGAUUUAUACAGCAAAUUAUACAUUGUACUAUGCUGAAUGUCAGCCAAAGAUAUGUACUUAUACAAUAGAUCAGAAAUUACAUGCUAUUGCUCGUAUUAACUUAGUUAUUGGUCUGAUUGGUGGACUAACUAUUCUACUUCGUAUCUUAGUUCCAUCAUUCAUCAAAAUUAUCCAUUUGUUUUAUGGUUUCUGCCAUCAGCAAACACGAGAUGUUCCUUUACGUUGGAGAAUGAUUUUUAUCUAUAGUCGAGAUAAACUUUAUCUCAUGAAUGUGUACCGAGGAAAAACACAAGCAUUGUCGUUGGAUGCUCAAUCAUAG